GCCUGCGCAGUGGGCAGCGGCGCGCGGGGCGGAGGCUUUAUAACCACUUAGUCGCUGCCGUUCGGUUUCUAUCUCUGGGAGGGCGGCUGAGGCGGCGGCGGUCGGGACGCCGACUGAGGAGCGCUGAGGCGUGAGCUGUGGCGGCGCUGGGCGCCCCUCGCUCCUCGGCCUCUGGGGGCCAUGGGCUCCGAGAAAGACUCCGAGUCGCCGCGGUCUACAUCCCUACACGCGGCUGCGCCCGACCCCAAGUGCCGCAGCGGCGGCCGGCGCCGGCGCCUCACCUUCCACAGCGUCUUCUCCGCCUCGGCCCGCGGUCGCCACGCCCGGGCCAAGCCGCAGGCCGAGCCGCCACCCCCGGCCGCGCCGCCGCCGCCCGCCCCGGCCCCUGCCGCGGCCCAGGCCCCGCCGCCUGAGGCGCUGCCCGCCGAGCCGGCCGCCGAGGCCGAGGCGGAGGCCGCGGCGACGGCGGGGCCCGGGUUAGACGAUGAGGAGGCGGCGGAGGGCGGCGGCUCGGGCCCGGAGGAGGUGGAGUGUCCUCUGUGCCUGGUGCGGCUGCCGCCCGAGCGGGCCCCGCGCCUCCUCAGUUGUCCGCACCGCUCGUGCCGGGACUGCCUCCGCCACUACCUGCGCCUGGAGAUCAGCGAGAGCCGGGUCCCCAUCAGCUGCCCCGAGUGCAGCGAGCGACUGAACCCGCACGACAUCCGCCUGCUGCUCGCCGACCCACCGCUCAUGCACAAGUACGAGGAGUUCAUGCUGCGCCGCUACCUGGCCUCGGACCCCGACUGUCGCUGGUGCCCGGCCCCGGACUGCGGGUAUGCUGUUAUUGCCUAUGGCUGUGCCAGCUGCCCAAAGCUGACCUGUGAGAGGGAAGGCUGCCAGACUGAGUUCUGUUACCACUGCAAGCAAAUAUGGCAUCCAAAUCAGACAUGCGAUAUGGCCCGUCAGCAGAGGGCGCAGACAUUGCGAGUUCGGACCAAGCACACUUCAGGUCUCAGUUAUGGGCAAGAAUCUGGACCAGCAGAUGACAUCAAGCCAUGCCCACGAUGCAGUGCUUACAUUAUCAAGAUGAAUGAUGGAAGCUGUAAUCAUAUGACCUGUGCAGUGUGUGGCUGUGAAUUCUGUUGGCUUUGUAUGAAGGAGAUCUCAGACUUGCAUUACCUCAGCCCCUCUGGCUGUACAUUCUGGGGCAAGAAACCAUGGAGCCGUAAGAAGAAAAUUCUUUGGCAGCUGGGCACAUUGAUUGGUGCUCCGGUGGGGAUAUCCCUCAUUGCUGGCAUUGCCAUUCCUGCCAUGGUCAUUGGCAUUCCUGUUUAUGUUGGCAGGAAGAUUCAUAGCAGGUAUGAGGGAAGGAAAACCUCCAAACAUAAGAGGAAUUUGGCUAUCACAGGAGGAGUGACUCUGUCGGUCAUUGCAUCCCCAGUUAUUGCUGCAGUUAGUGUUGGUAUUGGUGUCCCUAUUAUGCUGGCUUAUGUUUAUGGGGUUGUGCCCAUUUCUCUCUGUCGUGGAGGUGGCUGUGGAGUUAGUACGGCCAAUGGAAAGGGAGUGAAAAUUGAGUUUGAUGAAGAUGAUGGCCCAAUCACAGUGGCAGAUGCCUGGCGAGCCCUCAAGAAUCCCAGCAUUGGGGAAAGUAGCAUUGAAGGUCUAACUAGCGUAUUGAGCACCAGUGGAAGCCCUACAGAUGGACUCAGUGUUAUGCAAGGUCCAUACAGCGAAACAGCCAGCUUUGCAGCCCUCUCAGGGGGCACACUGAGUGGUGGCAUUCUUUCCAGUGGCAAGGGAAAGUACAGCAGGUUAGAAGUCCAAGCCGAUGUCCAAAAGGAAAUUUUCCCCAAAGACACAGCCAGUCUUGGUGCAAUUAGUGACAACGCAAGCACUCGUGCUAUGGCCGGUUCCAUAAUCAGUUCCUACAACCCACAGGACAGAGAAUGCAACAAUAUGGAAAUCCAAGUGGACAUUGAAGCCAAACCAAGCCACUAUCAGCUGGUGAGUGGAAGCAGCACGGAGGACUCACUCCAUGUUCACUCACAGAUGGUGGAGAAUGAAGAAGAAGGUGGUGGUGGCGGUGGCAGCAAUGAAGAGGAUCCCCCCUGCAAACACCAAAGCUGUGAACAGAAAGACUGCCAGGCCAGCAGACCUUGGGACAUCAGCCUGGCCCAGCCCGAGAGCAUCCGCAGUGACCUGGAGAGCUCUGAUACGCAGUCCGACGAUGUGCCAGACAUCACCUCGGAUGAGUGUGGCUCCCCUCACUCCCAAGCCGCAGCCUGCCCCUCAACACCCAGAGCCCCAGGUGCACCGAGCCCAAGUGCCCAUAUGAACCUCUCUGCCCCAGCUGAGGGGACGACUGUCUUGAAGCCGGAAGGUGCAGAAGCCAGAGUAUGAAGUGGAAUAAAUGCUCCUGUUCUGAGAAGCACACUUAUGCACCUGCUCUUUGUCUUCCUGACCUGUGCUUUACUACGAUGAGGAUGAUGAGUCUGGACAACAGCCAUCUUGGAAGAUUCUUAUCUCUUGGGCACUGCAACCAGACUUAGCACGUUACUCUGCACCUGGGACAGGAGGUGCUGUUAGUGGACUUUGGGUCUCUAGAAGAAUGACCAAGAGGGUGUCUUUGUGUGAAAAAGGGAACUUGUUGGGAAAAGGGGCAGACUGUAUGGAAAUCUCUGAAAUGCAAAUUAUCAACUCAAGACUUGUAUUUCUCUUGAAGAAGCAUGAAGAGAGCAAUUAACUUGGGUAAAAUCAAGGAAGUCUUUUGGAGGGGCAGGAGUUUGCAGCCAAACCUGUAUUUUUAUGUAGGCUCCAGUUCUUACUGCUGCGAGAGUUGGGCUACGUACUCUGAGUGUGUUUACACUUAGCCAAAAUGGGGAUCAUAAUCCUAAUUAUGGAGUUGUAAAGAUUAAGUGAGAUGGCGUACUGAAAACGCUUUUGUUAAAGGCCCAUAUUUUUUUUUCUCCUGCAGGAAUAAGAAGAAAUAAGUUAAGGGAGAUUAUGGGUGCCAUCUAAAAAAAGCCCAGAGCUCUAGACCAGAGGCUAUGAAAAAACUAAGCUUAUUCUAAUCCCUUGCAACACGGUUGUAUCUCCUAGACAUUAGAUGAAAAGGCCCGUCAGCACCACCUGGAGGAGAACAUGAGUAAUGCAUGGGAAAAGUUGAUUCUCAGUUUAGAAAAUGGGGAAAGUUUAAUUUCUUACUUGUACAGCGUUCAUUCAUUCUGAAAUACCUACUACGUUUCAGGUACAGGAUGCAGCAAUAAGGAAAACACAAAAUUCUUGUUCCUGUGAAAGUCACACUCUAGUGGGAAAAGACGAUCAGAUGUAUAAUCUGGAUGAGGAUAAGUGUGAUGAAGAAAAGCAGGGAAAGUGGAAAAGAGAGCUGCUUUAGGUGGGUACUAUGGGCCUCUCUGAUAAAGGUACAUUUUACUAGAGUCUUGAUGGAGUUAAAGGUACAUUUUAUUAGAGUCUUGAUGGAGUGAGAAAGAACCAUGUGGAUUUCUAGGGCAAGAACAUACCAGACAUGAAAAAUAAAGUAUGAAGGUCCUUUGGUGGAGCAUCCUUAGUCUGUUUAAACACACACACAGCAUAGAGGCCUAAAUGGCUAGAACAGAGUGGACCAAGGAGGAGAGUAGUAGAUCAGGUUGAAGAGGUGGCUGAGGACAAGAUUGUGUAGAUUAUCAAAACAACUCUGAAGACAAUGACAUUUUAGGUUACUCUGAGGCCAGGAAGAGAGGUAAUCUUCAAAGCCAGACAGAUGGGGUGUUGUGUUCAAAUUUAAAAGUGGCUAAAACUGGGAGAAGACAUGUCUGGUCACCAGUCCUACUUAGAUGGGCCAAUGGAAAGAAAUUUGUGGAAGUGCUAAAUGGGUACUUAUUCAUUCUGACCUCUUUCUAAUGUACUGUCUUAUACUCUAGAGGCUGGAAAGUUAAAACUACAUGUCUCACACUUCCUUGAAACCAAGGUUGUAAAUGUAAUUUAUUUUGCCAGAUGCACAAACAAGGAUAUGGAAGGAUGAAGUGAUUCAGGGGUCAUCUUCAGCAACUUUGUUGUUCUUGCAAAAGUAUAAAGCCCUUAGGUUUCCCUCCAGUGGUAUUCUAAUAUCCAUCAAUAGUUGUGUGGAUGUUGAAGGGACUCCUGAUCCACAAAUAACCGUCAGUGAUACAUGUUCUUGUAGUCAGCCUAUGCUGGCCUCCUGGUUCUUCAUCUUCCUGAUGGUGGCAGAGGUAGUGGCUCCCAUACUGGACCGAUCUGGGAGUCUUUCCUGGAGGUCCAGCCUAGAGCCCACUUGCCCAGCUUUCCAACUCCUUUGUAAGCACCUAAUUUAUGUGUAUUGAAUUCUUUUCUGCUUAAAAUAGGUGGAAGGGUUUUGUUUUCUUCAGUUACUGAACCCAAACUGAUACAGUAUUUGGUUCCAAAUUUGGUUAUAGACAAUAGUCCCUCAAAGAUGGGAUUCUUGAUUAGUUAUGACUAAGUUGGAUUUGAAGGAAAUGAGAAUCUAGUUGCCAUUGAAAAUGGUAAGGUAGUAGGCAAAGAUGACUUACAUCUGUGGUCACAUUAAAUGAAUUGUCUUUUGGAUAAAAGACUUUGAUAGACCAAGUGGCAGCCACAGCAGACCAUCGUGUAAGAAAUGAAGACUUAAAUGGGGGUGGCUUAUGCUAGAGAGAUUAAAGAAAGAAAAUGAAAGCCUCAAGAGUUUAAAAUUUUCAGCUCAAAGCUGUCUCUUGUAGCCACAAGGCUGAUGUACAUGAAAAUCAAGGAGGGAUUCUGGGUUGUUGAAUUACGACAUAAGUUAAAGUCUUAGCUUACCAGGUCUCUUAUAUAAAAGUUAGGAUGUUGUUUAGGAAAGAGUAAGAUGUGAAAUGGGGACAUGUGAGUAGAUUUGGGUAAAUCCUAAUGUUCUGAACCCACAGACUCCACUUAACUUCUCUUACCAGCAGAAGCAGCCCUCCUCUCUCCUCCCCCCGUUGAUAGGGCUGGUCCUGUCCUCCCCCCGUUGAUAGGGCUGGUCCUGUCUUCCCCCGUUGAUAGGGCAACUUACCUGCGGUAGUUGCCUUGAAAGGGAAGGCUUUUGUGUCCCUUCUCAUGUACUUCUCAUGUCCCACCCACUACCCCUUAUUGCUACCAAAUCUGUGACUAGAGUCAGAUCCCAGUAUGCUUCAGAAAGGCAACCACAAAAUCUGACCUGAGAGAAAGAAAGGUUACAGAAUUGUGAGAUUUUGCUAAUUUGAAUCAGCAGAAACCUGAGGAAUGUGUGUGGACUGGAUUCUAAAGGUAUUAGACCAGGAAGAAAAGAACAAUUUUAUUUUCAUUUGGGUUGAACUUAUUAAUAUGGGCAUUCUAGAGAUUCUGGAAUCAGUAUACUGACUUUAGCAGCUAAGAGUAGCUCUUAGCUGGUUGGUUGGAUGAAACCUGGACUUAACAGUGGUCUACACUCAAAUUGAAAUGCUAAAAAUUCCUUAGUAUAGCAUUAGAAGAUGAAUCCAGAAACAUGAAGAUAGAAGUGUCGGUAUAGAUUUAUCGUAUGUGUGACCUACUCAUCUCCUAAUUUUGCCCUCUAAAAUUGCUCAGAGGACAUUCCUUUCACAAAGGAAUUGGAAAGUACAUAGAUAAAGGGAACACCUUACUUUGAAAGUGCUGUAAUGUAAAUUCUCUAUAGUCGGAAGUGAAGCUAAGAGAUGCUGCCAUUGAAAUGGAAUCCCUGAUAUCAGUAGGUAUGACGGAGAUCCUGGAGUGGCAGGGGCCAAGGGGCAGUACCAAGGCAACAGAGCAGGAAUACUUGGUUUGUAUAUACAAAGCAAAACUCCAGGUCUGGCAAAGAGAGGCCUGUUUUAAGUCACCAAAAUGGAGAGUUAUGGACACUCACUAAAUUCUCAGACCCAAAGCCCUUGAAUAAAGGAAUGCUGAGUACCCUGGAGAAAGCACCCAGCAAUAUUACCAUAACUAAAUUGUAAGUUUUCUAAUCUUCCCCAAAGGAAUCUUAAGUCAAUUAACUAUGUUCCUGUGCUUAGGGAAAUGGAAAUACCCAGGCCUUUAGCGAAUACUUGGAAACCGACCCUAAGCCAGUACUAAUCUCAAGGGACCUAAAAGGUCUUUGUGGACCACUAGUUAAAAAUAGAAGCCUUUGGGGCUUCCCUGGUGGCGCAGUGGUUGAGAGUCCGCCUGCCGAUGCAGAGAACACGGGUUCGUGCCCCGGUCCGGGAAGAUCCCACAUGCCGCGGAGCGGCUGGGCCCAUGAGCCAUGGCCGCUGAGCCUGCGCGUCCAGAGCCUGUGCUUCGCAACGGGAGAGGCCACAAUAGUGAGAGGCCCGCGUACCGCAAAAAAAAAAAAAAAAAAAGCCUUUGGGGUGUUAUGGGUUGAAAAUUCACAUGUUGGAGUCCUAAUCCCCAAUACCUCAGAAUGUUACCUUAUUUGGAAAUUGGGUUGUUGCAGAUGUAAUUAAGAUGAGGUUAUACCAGAGUAGGGUGGGCCCCUAAUCCAAUAUGAUUGGUGCCAUAUAAAAAGGGGAAAUUUAGACAAAGAGUCACUCAUACAGGGAGAAUGUCAUGUGAAGAUGAAGGCAGAGAUUGGGAUGAUGCAGCAGAAGCCAAUGAAUGCCAAAGAUUGCCAGCAAACCAUCAGAAGCUAGGGGAGAGGCAUGGAACAGGUUCUCCCUUACAGCCCUCGGCAGGAACCAACCCUGUCAACACCUUGAUCUUGGACUUCUAGUCUCCAGAACUGUGAGACAAUAAAUUUGUAAUGCUUAAGCCAGCCAAUUUACGGUACUUUGUUAUGGCACACCUAGCAAACUAAUACACAGGGAUCAUGUAACUUAAAAGGAAUCUUGGCCUGUAUCUAUCUCACAUAUUCAUCCUGUGUGUGGUUAUUUCCCAGUUCCUGUAAGCACAAUUGUAAUAGAUGUAUUUGGCACCUGGCAGAAUCUUCACAUUGACCGGUAGAGUGAAAGCUAUUGUGGUAAGAAGAGCUGAGGAAAGCCCCUUGCACAGUCCUACACCAGAAUCAUAAGCCAGAAGAAAUAGUGCAUCCCUGAGGGCAUGAUAAAUAUUACCGCCACCAUCCAAGACUGAGAAGUUCCACAGUGGUGAUCCCUAUCAUAUCUACAUUUAAAUUAUUUGCCCGGUAGAAGACUUGCUAUGUAGCUGUUAUUUCAGAUAUAAUCACUUUGAAGCAAGUCAACACCUGCCCCAGCACCUGCAGCCAUGCAACUACUGGCCUGGAAUAUGCUAUUUUUCUCUAGCCCAAAUAGCAGAAAACAUGAAAAGCAGAUUACUUUUAUCUGUCGAGGUCAACAGUACCGCUUACUGUCCUCCCUCUGGGUGGUAUCACCUCUCCAGCUCUGCUGAAAUCUAAUGUGCAGGCACUUCAAUCAUUUCAUAUUUCCCAGAACAUCACUCUGUAUGUGAUGGCAUGUUUUUGGACAUAAUAAGGAAGAAGUAGCAGGUAUCUAAAUGCCUUGGUAAAAUACAUGUGUUCUGGAGGAUAGGGGAUAGUCCCUGCAGAAGCUUAAGGGAACUUUCAGCUCCAUGAAAUUUUUCGGGAUCCAGAGCAGGAGUCUGGAGGAUGGCAGUUUAUCUAAAGUGAUCGAUGAGCUGUUGCACUGUAUACCCCCCACCACUAAGAAAAAUUCUGGGCAUUUGGUGGAUUUCUUGAUUUGGGAGGUAGCAUACCCCAUUUGAUUAUGCUGCACUGACCCGUUUUCUAAGUAACCCACAAGGGCUACUAGCUUUGAUGGGCCCAGAGAAAGAGAAUGGUCACCAGUUGGUACAGGCUGCAAUGUAAGCAGUUAGAAUUUUAUGACCUAGCAGAUCCAGUGGUGUGCAAAAUCCCUUGGCAACUGAGGCUACUGUACACACACUGUGGCAAACAUCCAUAAGAGAAAAACAGCACAGGGCCAUCAGAUUUCAGAGUCAAGCCAGGAUAUUUUUGGCAGUGGCAAUUCUUUUGAGAAGCUGAUGUUGGCUUACAGCUGAGCCCUGCUCCAUGCUCUGGAGGGACCAGCUGGGCACUUAAUAUCAGAUCAGAGCCCUCCCAUCACAGAGAAGGCAGGGAUUUGUCCUCACUGGAAAAGACACUCGAGAUAUGAAUUGUUUCCAUGUAUGCCAAGCCUAAAAUAUUCAUAAAGAAAAAAACUUUAAAUGAGAAAAAUAACAAUUAUCAGGGCAAAGACAUCCAUCCCCCCAUUAUUCUAAAUUUGACUAUAUGUUCACUUUGAGAAGCAUAGUGGUUAAGAGGACAGACAACAGAGCCAGAAUGCCUGAGUAGGAAUUCUAACUCCACCAUUUAUUUAAGUAGCUUAUGACCUUGGGCAAAUUAUUUAACCUUUCUGUCUCCGUUUCUUCAUUUGGGACUAUGAGGAUUAAAUGAAUACAUAUGACAAUGCCUGGCCUGUAGUAAGAGCUAUAUGUAUUAGCUAGCAUCAUUUAUUUCAUUUAUUAUUAUCAUGCUCAUCAUCAUCAUCAUUGUUACUAUCCAUGAACUUACUGAAUGUCUAUUCAUCAUGUAGUAUUCCACACAACACUGCCUCUCAUCAAGUGAGGCAAUGGGCUAAGACCCAUGGGAUCAUCCAAAGCAGCUGGCCUCACCCAACCGUCAAAUGGCGCUAUUGGAAGACAGCAUCUCAUGCAGUGAAGUUCUGUCCUAUAGGAUGAGGUAUGUUCUGAAACAGUGACCUAUAUAUAACCCAUUCACAAAAGUUUUGCUUCUUGCCCCUGUGACUUUGGUCUUUGUUAGUUUAGAAGUCUCAAUACCCAGAGGAGAAGUACUUCCACCAGGGCACAUAACAAUGAGUCCACUGAACUGGAAGUUUUUUGGCCAAUUUUGGCUCCUCAUCCACUGAACCAAUAGCCUAAAAGGGGGCAGUUGUGUUAGAUGGAGAGAUUGAUCCUGAUUAUCAAGGGAGAUAAGUUUGUUGUUGCUCAGUGGGGGCAGGAAGGAGUGUGCCUGGAACUUAAAGGGCUUAAAGGGCUACUUCUAGUACUGCUGUAUGCAGGAGUCAAGGAUAAAAAGCUAUUCCAGGGAAGGCUUAAUUCCUUUAGGAAUGAAGAUUUGGGUCACCACACCAGAUAAAGAGCCUCAUCUGGCUGAGAUACUGGCUGUGAAAAUGAACUUCAUAAGUAGUAGAGAAAGAUAUUUAUGAAUAUAAGUAAUUCCUGAAAGGUGGAGAGAUGAGGACUAUAUUAGUGUUUCAUAUUUUUCCCUUGCUCUGGUAUGUAUAUAUUUAUAGAUAUCAUCCCAUUUCUUCCCCUCCCACAUUUUCCCUAGUAUCAUAAGGUGUGUUGGUAAGUUGAUCAGUUAAUCAUUAGGUUACAGGUUGUUGAGACAGGAUCGUAACUGAACUGGAAUGAGUAUCACCCAGAGCUGGAUACAUGACUAAUGAGAUUUUGGAUCUCUCCUUUUAGGGAGGGUGAAAUUGUGUAGAUGUGGUGAAUUGCUUGUCAGCAUCCAUUCCAAUCUCUUUCUCAUAGUGCCAAGGCCAGAGUUAAAUGCUACACUUCCCAGAAUCCCUUGCAGUUAACAUUCUGCAUGCAAAUUAGGGUUUAUAAAUUGCAUCCGUUUAUAUAAGAGUUGGGAGGAGAAAAUAAGGCAAAGGCCAUCUUCCAGCUGUGUGGUUGUUGCUUCAUGUUUGUGGCAACCUUGAGUUACUUCAGCAGCAUUCCAGUGUCCAAGCACUAGUUUCAUGAGGUUGAAAAGCAGUGGUGGCAGCAGCAGAGGUAGAUUUCUGAUCCCUGGUCCUUAGAUUGCAGCCACAUGGUGUGUGUGUUUUCUAACCAUCUUAUUUCUUUAUGGAGAUAUAACUCACAUAACAUGAAAUUCACCAUUUUACUUUUUUUUUUUGGAUGCACCGUGAGGCAUGCAGGAUCUUACUUCCCUGACCAGGGAUCGAACCUGUGCCCCCAUGCAGUGGAAGUGCAGAGUCUUAACCACUGGACUGCUAGGGAAGUCCUGAAAUUCACCAUUUUAAAGUGUGCAACUCAGUAGAUUUUAGAUAUAUUCACAAAGUUGUGCAACUAUCACUACUCUCUAAUUCCAGAUGAUUGCCAUCAACCCCUGAAAGAAACCUAUAUGAGUCAGUCGCAUUUCCCCCCUCCCUCCAGCCCUGACAACCACUAAUCUACUUUCUCUAUGGAAUUUACCUAUUCUGGACAUUUUGUAUAAUCAUACAAAAUGACUUUUGUAUAUGACCUCUUUCACUCGGCAUAAGGUUUUCAAGGUUCAUCCACAUUGUAGCAUGUAUCAGUACUUCAUUCCUUUUUUUUGGAUUCAUAAUAUUCCAUUGAAUAUUGUAAGGAUUUUGUAUGGAUAUAUUACAUUUUGUUUAUCCAUCCGUCAGUUGAUGGAUAUUUAGAUUGUUUCUACUUUUUGGCUAUUGUGAUUAAUGCUGCUAUGAAUAUUGGUAUACAGUUAUCUUCAAGUCCCUGGUUUCAGUUCUUUUGGGUAUAUACCCCAGAAGCGGAGUUACUGGAUCAUAUGGAAAUUUUAUGUUUAAUUUUUUGAGGAACUACCAUCCUCUUUCCAUAGAGGCUAUACCAUUUUACCUACCAGCAAUACACAAGGGUACCAAUUUCUCCACAUCCUUGUCAACACUUGCUAUUGUGUCUUUUUCAUUAUAGUCAUCCUACUGGGCAUAAAGUGGUACCUCAUUGUGGCUUUGAUUUACAUUUCCCUAAUGACUAAUUAUGUUGAGCAUCAUUUUCAUGUACUCUUUGGCUAUUUGUAUAUCUUCUUUGAAGAAAUAUCUAGUCAAAUCCUUUGCUCAUUUUUAACUUGGGUUGCCUUUUUUAUGGUUGAGUUAUAAAGACUUCUUUAUAGAUUCUGGUUAUAAGUUCCUUAACAGAUAUAUGAUUUGUAAAUACUUUCUCACAUUCCAUGGGUUGUCUUUUUACUUGGUGUGUUCUUUAAUGCAAGAAUUCUAGUAGCAGCCUCCUGACUCAUCACCUUCAUGAUUGUGCCAGUUAGCAGCUAUUCUGGGGUCUUGUUCUGGAAGUCAUUCCUGGAGCCCACUCCUCCAGCCCUCCCAACUAUUUUGUUUAAACCUCUGAUUCCCUGUAUCAAAUCCUUUUCUGCUUAAAAUAGAGUGGUUUCUGUUUCCUGCAACUGAUCCCUGACUAGUAGACAGCACAACUUGAAACCUUCGAGCAAGGAUGUGACAUGUCAUUUUGCUAGAGCUGAUGUGCAGCCCAACUAUAAUAAUAAAUUCCUGGAAAGUCAAAUUUGGACACACCUUUGUGCGAAUCCCUUCAUUUCUCAAAUGAAGGAAGGAAAUGGAGACACAGUGAGGAAGACACAAAAACCGUGAAGCUGAGGACCUGCACCUCCCUCUCCCAUCUCCCAGGGCCAGCAGACCUGAGCUGAUCUUGCUUCAUAAAAUCAGCGGGAUCUAGGUCACGUAAAUCCAAUGAGGCCAGCCCAGGCCAAAUGCUGCUGUGAACAACAUGGAUGUGAUGGAGGCCACGCACCCGUGUGAGGCCGUCUGGUAUGAGAGACGUAAGUGCUAGGAGCACAUCCAGAGCAUGUUGCCAGAACAUUGUUCCUGUUCUCCAGGGACCUGCUUGGGGCCCCUGAGAUGGCUUCCCCUGGUACCCCACAUCCUCUGAGUCCGUACCAUUCGCCCCCAUUCCUGAAAGUCAUCUGAGCACCUGAGGAAGCUAGGAACAUACCCAGCCAUGGCCACUGAUUUUCUGGAGAUCGAAGCCUGGUCAAAAAAGAAGCAGGCCGCAAACCCAGAUCUGGAAUUCGAGCUCUUCCCACUCCAAUAUGGCUGUCCCUCAUGCAGACAUGAGGGAGAGGGCUUCAUGAGUGGAGAGUGACAAAGAGAGAAGACUGCUGGUUCUUUGUGGCUGAAUUAUCAGGCCUGAGUUGUCAUCACAAGGAUUCAGCAAGGGCAGGAUAACCACCCCUCCUCUUACAUUUGUGCGUCUGCCUUUGUGAGUGGCUUGGAAUAUAGUUCCAGCUCUGGAUACUGCUUUGUCAUUCCUUAGGCACCAGCCUUUGAGGAAAUCCACUCAUUGCCCACCAUAUGUGGACAGCUGCUCUGUUCAGGCUCUGUGUCAGGGCACAGAAACUGACACCCGGAGACAGACCCAGGCCCUGGAGAUGGAAAAUCACCAAUGAAAAAAACACUUCUUGAAAUCAUAGAUGUGAAUGAAAGGGAAAUUGGCCUUCUCUUUUCAUAAACCUUUAACCAGUGAGUGCAGGAAAGGAGCAGCCAGGAAACGGAGGAGGAGAACCGGGAAUGAAGGAAAUGAUGGGGUGAGGAUUUCAGGAAGGAAAGCAGGGUUAGCUAACAUGUGAGACAGGUCAGGCUGGCCAAGAGCUGGAUUUGUCACAGGGGAAGUAACUGGUAACUCUGGAAAGAGCAGUUUCAAAAGAUGGCAGCAAUAGAAAACUGAUUUCGUUUAGUUGAGGUGUGAGUGAAAAGUAAGGAGGUACUGCUAAGAAGAGGAGUUUGUUGGGUUUUUUUUAAGUACAAGAGAUUCAAGCAUGUUUGGCGGCUCAGGAGAAAAUAGGGUAGAAAUGGAGAGAGUGACAAUAUAAGAGAAAGGAAGCUAUUAGAUGGUGCUUGUCUUUAGGAAGAUAGAGGGAUGGGAUCAAGGGCACAGGCAGAGGGGUUGGCUGUGGACAUGAGAAGGACCCCCUCUGCUCUCAGCUUGGAGGGAGUUGGAGACCACCAUGAGAUCUAGUCUCCUUCCCCAAAAUGGAUAAUCUUCACCAUGAGAAGAUAUAAAAUGCCUGCCACAGAACAGAUGGUUGAUAAAUAUCAAGCCUUUCCUCCCUUCCCUGGCGGUGUAGUUUCAGUCCCCUGAGGCCACAUGUGACGUCACUCUGGAAUGUUUCAAGGCUAAAGAACACAGCUCCAGCUGGAGAAAUUAAAGGCAAUCCCAAGCUUUUCUGGAAUUCCAGGGGAGUAGAGGCUGCUUUCUCCUGAGGUUCCAAAGCUGGGAAGUUAUAAGCAUGGAUCUUCCACUACAUGGACAGAGACUGCCUGAUACUGAAACCAGCACAGACGAAGGCAGAGCUGAGACAUGGAGAGAAGACAAGAGACAGAGGCACAUUUGAGCAUACCAAAUGACAUUGGGGUUUUUUUUUGUUAUUGUUGUUGUUGUAGUUUGGCCACGCCACGUGGCUGGCAGAAUCUCAGUUCCCCGACCAGGGAUUGAACCAGGGCCACAGCAGUGAAAGCACCGAAUCCUAACCACUAGACCACCAGGGAACUCCCUAUGUGACAUUAAUGCCGGGAGCUAACCACGCCUAAGGCCCCCAAACUUUCCCAGAACGUCAUCCAACAAAUUCCUUCCCGCUACCCAAAGCCCAUUUCUGUUAGGAUUCUGUCACCUGCAACUGAAGUUCUGACCACUAUGAGAAGUGGAGUGUUGCCAGUGAUGUCCCUAGCACGUGGAAAUGGCUGAGUUGAGGUGAGGUACAGAACAGUGAGGAUUUUCCAACUGUUGGGAAAAUCCUGGGAUUUUCCAUUCCCAGGAGGCUAGGUCAGCAUUCCCUGAGAUGCAGCUUCAAGGCCAGGGUCUCCUGAAGCUCAGACCAUGUACCUGACAUAGGUGGGAUGUUUAGGGGACUUGAUAAAAAUUUGUCAGGGGGUUGUAUGUGUUGGCUAUUUUCCCAAGCCUUGAUUUCAGAGUCAAAGGCAUAAAUUUUGCAGAAAGAAUAAUGAAGAAUAAAAGCUAACAUUUCUGAGGCACUCAUCAUGUGCCAGGCUCUCAGUGCUUUAUGCAUAUUAACUCAUUUAAUCUUCACAAUAACACAAAGAAAUGGGUACCAUUGUUAUUCCCCAUUUUACAUUUGAGGAACUGAGGCGUGAACGAAUUUGCCCAAGAACACAAAGCUAGACAGGGUUAGAGCUAUGACUUGAAUCCAGGCAACAUGACCUCUGAGCUUAUGUACCUACAGCUUUGCUAAGAGAGAUAGCCUGUAGCCAGCAAUCCAAGCUGAUGCAGAGUCUGACGGUCACAUGCUUUGCAAGAUUGAAAAAGCUCAUCUAUUCACGUCAAAGCUAAAGUGAGUGGGAAUAAAGGCAGGGAGGUAGGAAGCACAACCCCCCCAAACCCUUCCUACCUGUUCCCACUAAGAGGACAGUGACCCUAUGUAAAGAGCCUUCCACUGGGAUGCAGCCUAAAGGUCAGGGACAGCCAGCUGUGCCUUCCUCCCAUGCCUGGUGUUCACAAUUGCCUCAAGGCAGAGGUGAAGCUGGAGGCCCUGAGCUGAGGACUGGGAGGUCCUGUUGCUAAGACCCUGCAUACCAAGCUCAAGGUCUAGAUUUAGGGACCAUAAUUCAUCAUUCUGCUGACUUGGUUAUUAAUUCAUGGAGUUAUCCAAAUGUGAAUAGCCAGAAAACUUACACAGCUUUUAAGGGAGUGGUUCUGUGAGAGAAACCCCAAUCCUGGCACGUGGAAUCCUGUAAUUGAUCAACCCCUGGGGCAAUGUCUUGGCCCCAAACAAUACCAAUGGGAAAUCCUCAAAAUUCUUCUAAGAUGUGGCCACAGUUACAAUGGUUAGAUGAGAUUCCCCCAACCUGGCAGAGCAGCGAGACUGGCCUCAUUUUAUCAAAGCAGGGAAUCCUUGCUGUUCUCACUCUGAAGGAUACAAUACACACCACGGACCACUGGGUGAUUUUUCCCCUCCUCUCCUGUUCAAAUGGGAUUGCUUAUUUAUAAUUACCUUGUGUUCCCUUCAUCAAUGCACCAAGGUAUUAGGGGCUGAUUAACUUUGUUUAUCUGUAGCAGCGUUUCCCAAAGUUUUUGGUCUCAGGAUCCCUGUACACUCUGAAAAAUUGAAGACCUGAAAGAGCUUUUGUUUAUGUGGAUUACAUUAUUGAUAUUUGCAAUAUUAUAAACUAAAAUUAAGAAUUAAAAAUAAUUAUUUAUUAAAAAAUAAUAAACCCAUCAAUGUUAAAGUAAAUAAUACCCUUUUCAAUGAAAAAUAAUUACAUUUUACAAAUCAAAAAAAUGAGUGAAAAGAAUGACAUUGUUUGACAUUUUUGCAAAUCUCUUUAAUGUCUGACUUAAUAAAAGGCAGCUAGAAUUCCCAUAUCUGCUUCUUUAUUCAAUAUGUUGAGAUAUGUUGUUUUGGCUGAAGUACAUAAAGAAAAUUCAGCCUCACACAGAUAUAUAACUGGGAAAAGGAGGAGUAUGUUAAAAGGAUUCUCAGAUAAUUGUGGAUAUUCCUCUUUGAUACUCUACCUAAACUUGACAAGUCACAGUUUUGUAAAAUUUAGUUUCAAUGUGGAAUCUGAAACCAUAUCUGUCAACUUUCCAUUACAUUAAAAUAUAUUGGUCUAUCUUGCACUUUGAAUUCAUCCUUAACCUGUGCAUGAUUUUGUACAGGCAUGUGUUGGUCACUUGGAAAGUAUUGAUUGGUUCACUGAGUUAUACAGAUCUUCCAAAUGUUGACACAUUUCAUUAUACAAUAUAAAAGUCAUAUAUGUUAAUGUCACCACUAAAAGUCUUUAAUAUUGGGAAGCUGCUAAGCUCACGGCAGUGGGUACCAAUUUUCCAAACACCUAAUUUUCACUCAAAAGCUCAAAUUUUAUCUUUGGCAGCAAAUAUUGUCAAUUUUUUCCCUUGAAUUGACAGGCUAACUUCCUUCAUUUUAGAGAAAAUGCCUGCAAAAAAACCUACAUUUCCAUAACCACAGUAUGUCUUUCAAUCCUUCUUUCAAGUAGAAAUGGUGCUCAUGAAAAAAAGCAGCUAGUUCAUCUUACAACUCAAACAAUUGCACAAUUGCUUUUCCUGGAGACAACCAUGGUACU